GAGUGAAAGAUGAGGACCACUUCCCCUUUGCCAGCAGGGCUCCGCUCCCCGCCUCGCAAACUCUUUCCUCGGCCCGGCGCGGGACGGAGGUGGCGGGCGCCAACGGACGGCAUCCCGCUCUUCCAGGGACGCCGCCCCCGUCACCGAGGGUCUCCGAUUGGUCCUUCCCGCUCUCCGGGAGGAUGACUGUGUCACGGCGUUCGCUGGACUCGCCGCUUAGCCCCGCCUCCCGCCCGCACAGCCCCUGGGGAUCUUUCGACCCCUACGACUCGGCCGAGGAUCAGGAUAAAGAGUACGUCGGCUUUGCCGCGUUGCCCAAUCAGGUUCACCGAAAAACAGUGAAGAAAGGCUUCACCUUCACGCUGAUGGUGGCAGGAGAGAGCGGCCUGGGAAAGUCCACGCUGAUCAACAGCCUCUUCCUCACCGACCUUUACAAAGACCGAAAGAUUCCCAACGCCGAAGAGCGCAUCAGUCAGACAGUGAGCAUAGUGAAGCACACGGUUAGCAUCGAGGAGAAAGGCGUCAAGCUGAGGCUGAGCAUCAUCGACACGCCGGGCUUAGGCGACGCCGUCAACAAUAUGCAAAGCUGGAAGCAUUUGGAAGACUACGUGGAGCAGCAGUUCGAUCAAUUCUUCCGAGACGAGAGCGGCCUCAACCGCCGCAACAUCCAAGACAACCGCGUGCACUGCUGCCUCUACUUCAUCCCUCCUUACGGACACGGCCUGCGACCUCUGGACGUUGAGUGCAUGCGGGCACUGCACGAAAAAGUCAACAUCGUUCCCGUUUUGGCCAAAGCUGACAGCUUGACGCGGGCUGAGGUGUACAAGAAGAAAAUCAAGAUCCGUGAGGAGCUGCGUCGCUUCGGGAUCAACAUCUACCAGUUCGCCGACUGCGACUCGGACGAGGACGAAGAGUUCAAGAGACGGGACCGGCUGCUUAAGGACAGCGUCCCCUUCGCUGUCAUCGGGAGCAACGUCCUGGUGGAGAGUCAAGGCCGCAGGUUCAAAGGUCGCGCGUACCCCUGGGGAGUGGUGGAAGGUAACAGCGGGAGUCGCCUCGAUAUUUUCCACACAGCUUGGAGAAACAAAACUUCCCGUGUGUGUCGCAGUGGAGAGUCCGGCCCACUCGGAUUUCCUACUCCUGCGGGAUAUGCUGGUGAGGACUCACAUGCAGGACCUGAAGGACGUGACCCGCGAGUGCCACUACGAGAACUACCGGGCCCACUGCAUCCAGAACAUGACGCGCAUGGUCGUCCAAAACCGCAAGCGCAGGUUGUGGGAGGGAAUGAAGGCCACCCCAUCCACAUCAUCUCCUUAAUCUUUAUCGUCUUGUUUCUGGGUAGCUUGCGUGAGAAGUACCAAGAAGAAAGCCACCUGGACCUCCCGUUGCCGCUCGCUGACUUCGACACAGAAAAGGAAAGACUCAUCUUUGAGAAAGACCAGGAGCUGAGGAGGAUGCAGGCGCUUCUGGAGAGGAUUCAGGAGCAGAUGCAAAGCAGCCGCAUAUGAAAGCACUCGGCAGACCUGUGAGAAACAUCCAUGUUUCAUUUGGCAUCUUUUUCAUUGUUUCUACUGCCGUCUAGUGGCUGUUAAAUAAAAAGUGUUAGAAAGAUCAAGCGACAAAGGAGUGUUGUAAAUGUAAUAAUAUUUAUUUAUUAAGAAUCUUUCGGAUUAAUGUUGACGGCCCACAGUGCUCAGGCCUUUUUAUAUAACUUAACA